AUGAGGAUUCUAGCUCUGGUAGCUACCGGGCUCAGAAUACUGCCGAGAGUGGCGCGGCUGGUCCCACGACCAUGUCCACGGCGAAGGAUAUCCAGCUCAGGAAGGCUCUUGGCUCAAGACGAGACUCGGCCCACUCAGGGCCUUACCUUGCGUAGCUACCAAGAAGAAUGCAUCCAGUCUGUGCUUAGAUCCUUGGAAAAGGGCCAAAAUCGAUUGGGUGUGUCUCUGGCCACCGGCAGCGGCAAGACCGUCAUCUUCACCCAACUUAUUGGCCGAGUCAAGCCCCGGUCCGAAACGGCCACGCAAACCCUCAUCCUCGCCCACCGGCGAGAGCUCGUCGAGCAGGCUGCCCGACAUUGCGCCAACACGUAUCCGGACAAGACCAUCGAGCUGGAGCUGGGCAAGUUGUCGGCCUCGGGAACCGCCCACAUCACCGUGGCCAGCCUGCAGAGCAUCCUUUCAAAGGACCGCCUGCUGAAGUUUGACCCCAAGAGGUUCAAGCUGGUCUUGGUGGACGAAGCCCACCACAUUGUCGCCCCGGGCUACCUGAAGGUGCUGGAUCACCUCGGCCUGAGGACGAAACGGCCCGACUCUCCUCACUUGGUAGGCGUAUCUGCCACCUUCUCCCGCUUCGACGGACUCAGGCUCGGCGCCGUCAUUGACGAGAUCGUGUACCACAAGGAUUAUGUGGAUAUGAUUGGCGAGAAGUGGCUCAGUGACGUAGUGUUCACCACGGUCGAGAGCCGAGUUGACCUGUCCAAGGUCAAGAGGAAGGGGAAAGGUGGAAGCGGUGAGUUCGACACCGACUCCCUGUCCCGGGCCGUCAACACGGUCGAGCUCAAUGACAUUGUCGUCCGCGCCUGGCUUGCAAAGGCUUCUGGCAGAAAGUCGACCCUAGUUUUCUGCGUCGACCUGAGCCACGUUGCCGCCUUAACCCAAAGAUUCCGUCACUACGGCAUCGACGCCCGUUUCGUGACGGGCGACACCCCGACGUGUGACAGAGCUGAGCGGCUGGACGCCUUUAAAAAAAGCGAGUUCCCAGUGCUCAUCAAUUGCGGCGUCUUUACCGAGGGCACCGACAUUCCCAAUAUCGAUUGUAUUGUCCUGGCCAGGCCGACGCGGUCGCGGAACCUUCUCAUUCAGAUGAUUGGCCGUGGAAUGAGACUCCAUGCCGGCAAAAAGAACUGCCACAUCAUUGAUAUGGUCGCGGGCCUCGAGACCGGCAUUGUGACGACGCCGACCUUGUUCGGCCUGGAUCCUGAUGAGCUUGUGGACGAAGCGUCGGCCGACAGAAUGUACGAGCUGGCAGACCGCAAAGAGGCCGAGAAGGCAAGGGAAGCACAAGCCCGGCAGUGUCUUGCGGGACCCGAGUCGACGGGGCGCUCCUACAACGUCACCUUCACCGAAUACGAUUCGGUUUUCGACCUGAUUGCCGACACUUCUGGCGAGCAGCACAUUCGGUCCAUCAGCCAACAUGCCUGGGUCCAGGUCGGCCCAGACAAGUUCAUUCUCAAUGGCCCAAACGGAACGUACCUGAAGUUGGAGGGAGUUGCCGAUGCCGGGCCAUCGGAUCCGAAGUUCAAGGCAUGGGAAGUAAGGGCCCUUCCGCCUGGAGUAUCGAAAUCCCCCUAUGCUGCCCCUCGCUACAUCCUGAGCGCAGUAACCUUUGCCGAUGCGCUGCACGGCUGCGACAAAUAUGCAAGCGAGAACUACCCAUUCUUCAUGAUUGGGACGAGGCUGCCGUGGAGGAGGGCGCCGGCUACCGAAGACCAACUUAGGUUCUUGAACAAGCUCAGACCUGCCGACGACAAGCUAGGGCCCGAAGACAUCACCAAGGGCAGGGCUGCCGACAUGAUCACCAAGAUCAAGCACGGUGCGAGGGGCCGAUUCGCCAGCAUCGAGGCAGUCAAAAGGAGGCAGCAGAAGUCGGCCAUUCUGGAUGAGCUGCACCGUGCAAGGAAACUCAACGAGCAGGUUUCCGUAGGCCCGCUGCCAGCUUGA